AUGCGGUGCGAUGUGGACGAUGAGGCCACCGACCAACUUCAUACUCCUCGUAGGGCGCAGCGUGCUCUAACGAACAUGCCUGAUCAUUUUAGUCCUGUGACAGAUACCACGAGUCCAGAUCAGAAUGCAAGGGCAUUGACAUCGAUAGCCGGCGCUCAUAACCAACAGGUUAUGAGCCCAAGCGGCUCCGCCCAACCAAGCGUGCCUCCGUUUCCCACGGCAGCAGGGCCGUCAUCACCGUUCGGAGGCAUUCAGUUCAUGCAAGCAACUCGGCUGGAGAUCCCGACGUCGAUCCUUCAGCAGUUUGCACAGGCAGCUUCGCUGGAUGCUUCUAUGCUCCACGACUUGAGAGCAGCCGUCGUUGAACUGAACGAUCGCAUGCAGUAUAGAUCCAACGUUCUGGGGGAUGCAUGCGUAACACUCCACUCGGGAUACAAUGCCUUAGUGGACAACCUGGACAGGCUUCAACAGGGAAUGGAUGCCCACAGUCGUACUUUGGCCUGUCUUAUGAAUGAAAACCUGUCUCUGAAGCAAGAGAUAGAGUCCACACGUGAACAGCUCAGCGCAGAUGUGCGGCAGCAGUUCGCAAUUACUCGCGAGCAGCUGAGCGCGGUCCAGGCGAGAGCUGAAGCUGCAGCGAUGGGCCCGCAACAAUGGCAAGCCCAGGUUGAGGCUCACAUAGUGACAAUCCAAAACAAUCUCGAGGCUGGAUUCCGGAAGGCCAGCUCAGAGAAUGAGGUUUUGCGGUCUCGUGUUGAUGAGCUUGAAAAGGCGAAUCAGGUGCGAGAGCGCAAGUGGCAUAACUUCCAGCAGGAUCAUAGUACUCCAGCUGAGUCUUCCGUCAGUGGAUUGGCUGAGGUACGCACCCAGGUCGAUGGACUGUGUGCUACUAUGUCGGGUCAGGGGCAGCGUCUUGAUGCGAUUUCCCGGGACGUUGCAGAUCUGCAUGCCUCAGUGUCGUUAGUGGAGUCGUCAGUGUCUCAAUUGGAGGGUCAUAGUGCCACGAUCCGAGAAGAGAUCAAGGGUUUGCAUCAGAUGUGCGAGCAUUUUGCUGUAUACACUGAUGAUGAGCCUGUUGUUGGCGAACCUGGUAUGGCAGAUUACGAAGCAGAAUGGUGGGAUGGCCAUGAGCACGCCGGCGAAAUGCCUCAAGGUCAUGUCGGCCCACCGCCGGGUUUCCCAGAUCAGCCGACGUCUGCACCUCCGCAGGCGCAACCCUCAUCGUCUCCUUUACUAGGAGGUGAUGAUCCGGGGUGCCACAUAGGCGCUCAAACGCAGCAUGUACCACAGCCGGCGCAAGCCACACCGGUGCCGGAGACCAGUGGAAGCAACGUCGGCAUCCAUCAUGGACGGUGGAAGCUGUUGCAAGAUGUACCUGCUUUGAAGCUGGGAGCUGGAGAGCCUUGGGAACAGGGCAUGAAGCUUCGGACUUGGUUUAAGCAGGUUGAAACGAUCGCAGGGACAAUAGCUGAUUCAUUCGGGUCCUACGUCAGACAGCAGUUCAAGUGGGCAGAUGAUCGGCAUAAGCAGCGUUUGGCAGGUUUGCAUCAGUUGUCACCGCCACCGCGGGUUCUACCGGAGGACUCGGAGAACGAAAACAGGCUGGUGUUGCUGUUGAUACGGUGCGUCCCUGCUGAGCUCAAGCAGAACGUCCUUGAAAGGGGCGAUGAAUCCGAGCCCAUGCGGGCAAUUGCACUUCUGGAAGGGGUGUUGGAAACAUUGCAACCGGGGGGCGCAGCGGAAAUGCAAUCUUUACAAGCCUUCGUUAGGAACCUGAAACCUGUGAACUCGGCUAAAGAGGGGCUGAGUGUGCUCCGACGUUGGCGAUUGGCUAGAUCCAGGGCUAUGGCUUUGGCACUUCCACAGGUGGCUCCCUUCGAGGAGCUCGGAGCGCUGGGUACUUUGGCUUUGAAUCUGGAGAAGCGCCAUGAUAGAUUGCGUACCAUGCUUAGUUUGCUGCGAACCCGACCAGAACUCAUUAGACCUACAUCGGAGGGAGUUGAUAUGAUGAUCAAUCUUCUAGAUCAGCAGUUCCAGUUGUUGCAUGCGGAUGAGCAAGUGAAAGUGGGCCGCGGUCGCGGUCAAGACGAUGAUCUGGACCCUACGGCCAAGAAAGGCAAGGGCAAGGAUGUCAAGACUUCUGCUUCGGGUGCAUCUGAAUCUUUAGUAGGAGCGACGGCCAAGGCAUCAGCGUGCAUUGUUCAUCAGUCGCAAGCGAUGAAGCUUCUCAGUGGACUCGAGGAACCGGGCCCUGAGCCAUCUCCACCUAGUGACAGCGAGGAUCCUUCUGAGCCAUCCGUGACAAGCUCAGGCGAGGAGGAGUCAGCGGAAUCAAUUCCGGAUGCUGGUGGACCUAUGUGGGUCCUUGACCUAAGCCUUCGUGACUACAUACAUUGGACGAGACCGGCGCAGAUUCAGGUUUGCGCAGAUCGGGAUUUUCGUGAGGAGGAGAAUCCUAAUUCAAUCGUGUGGGCAGUUUGGGAUGUGAUCAUACAUGAGAUGCUGGAUGUAGAUGAGUCUGGAACAAUUCCGAUCGCAGAGGGCGUGUGCAUGAUCAAGUGUGACACCACUGUUGUCUUCUGCGAAGAUGGGGUAGCGGAGAAUUUCUUGAAGCUGGACCACCUCACCUAUGAUCACAUUCUUGAGGCGGUCUCGAAGGCCGAUUUGAAACCUCAGAGAAAGGCGAGAGCAUGCGCAGAAGGUGAUGUGGGAUCUGGGGGGAUAAAAUCGUGGGUGUUUGGUGCAUACGGUCAUGGUCCUCAGUGCGGUGUCACAACUCGCACUGAUCAGUUUCCGAAUCUGGUUGCCUUGAUCAAUCGUUUCAUGAAGCAGGAGAUGCCAGGUGCUACCUGGACGUCGUUCACGGUGUCCAAGGAUGUUACCUUCACUCCCCAUAAGGAUACCCAUAACGAUCCGAAUUCCCAGAAUGUGCUUGUAGUCCUUAACCAUAAGGGGCAAUGCAACGGUGGCAACCUUUGGAUUGAGCACAAGGAUGGUGAUCAGAUGCGACAGGUCAAGCAGAACUUGAAGCUUCGCGGUGUCGUUAUGCCUGUGCUUAGAAAUCCUGUGCAGUUCAAUCCCACCAAGUGGCAUGGCACAACACCUUGGAAGGGAAGCCGCACUGCGUUGUCGCUCUAUGUCAUUCGGAAUGGGCAUCUGCUUUCAGCUGAAGAGCAGAGGCGAUUGCGUGAGUUGCAGUUUCCAGCAUAUGCCGCAGCGGACUCUGAGGCCCGGACGACGGACGCGACGACAGAGAGUGGUUCGUUCGGGGAGCAUAUGCUUGAAGGGGACCUGGAUGAGGGUUUGUUCGGGGAUGAUAUUCAGGGUCUAGCUUGUCCUGAUGGUCCGACCGCGCUUGAUGCUGCCAUGCCUUUCGAAGAAAAUUGGGAUGAAUAUGAACCUUCAUUGCCUGAUCCAGAGCACAUAUUCAGUGGCGAUCUUUCGGGUGACAAUUCUGGGACGCUGAAACCUUCGGAAUCGGUGUCGCCUGAAGUGGCACCUGAUGUUAAGAAGGAACCUGCCAAGGAGAAGCCUGGACAUACUUUGGAUGAUUUCAAGGCCCGAGGAACCAAGAAACCGCAUCGGCGUGUUCAGCCUUCAGACAUUGCACAGGGGGUUUUGUCCAUAGACAUUGCUGGUCCGUACAAGGGGGCAUACGAUGACUCCAAAUACAUCUUGGCAGGCGUAUUUCGUCUGGAGGAUGGCGCAACCCUUCAGUUUGUUCAGCCGUUGCGCCGCAGGUUCUGGUCGGAUGUGCUAUGCGGUGUGCAGGCCAUUCUGAAUGAGCUGUCGGCGGUAGCGGGCGGCAAGGCGCCAGUUAGGAUCCAUUCUGAUCGUGCGAAAGAAUUCUUAGCUCGUCGUGUAGUCGAAGAGUUCCAGAAGGCAGGGAUUCAUCAGACAAGUACUGUUGGGCAUGAUCCGGCCGCGAAUGGCGUGGCUGAACGAAAUAUUGGAUUGCUGAAGCAGCGAGUCCGCGAAUUCUUGAUUAAGGGUGAAGUGCCCUCACGGUAUUGGCCCAUUCUCUUUCAGGAGGCUGCGAGACAACAACGAGACUUGACAUUGGGGCGAUCCUGGCAGGGUCAAGCCCCUUACCCAGGCGACAGCGUCGCGAUCAAGAUCAACAACCCGGGUCCUUUGGACGUGCGCUCGGAAGCUGCAAUCUUCAUUGGUCGUGCGGACAAGUUUACCAACGGUGCCUAUGUUGAGGUCAGGAGAAACGGCCGGAAUGCAGUUGUGGUGACUAGGUUACCUGCGGUGAUCAAGGAGCCAGAGCGGCGCUGGAGGACCUACGAGUCCCUGUCUGGGGAUCUUCUCUGGAUUUCGAGUGAUGGUCAGGUUCGGGACGCAGAUACCAUUCGGGAUCUGGGAAUAGAUUUGGGUCUCUUGACUGUUGAGGAGGUGCUCAAAGGCCAAAGUCCAUUAGAGGGAUACCCGUUGGCAGCAGUGGCAGCAGCAUCAUCUUCACAGGCGGCGCAGCCAGCGCCGGAGCAUGGGGAUAAGAUUGUGAAUUGGCAGAAAUACCAUCUGCUUUCGUAUGAAGAGGAGCAGCUUGCAAAUCAGGUUGAAGCGAGUCUACUUGAGGCAAGUGUGGCACCCGUUCAGGCGGAGACCGUGGAUCUAAAGGGUUUCUUUCAGGGUGAUCGUCAACAGCAGUGGCGAGAGUCAUUGAUUGCCGAGUAUGCAAAGAUGGACGGUGUCCUCCGUGAGGUCCCCAGAUCGGGAUUGCGCGAGUACUUGAACAUCUCCCCUGAGGCCAAGCUGCCCAGGGAGAUCCCUUCAAAGGUUGUGCCCACCAUGAAACCUUCAGAGGAUGAGAGGGCGAAUGCAGACGGAUUCAUGGAAAAGAGCCGAAUCUGUGCAUGUGGGAACUUCGAGGAGGGCACCGAUAACAACGGGGAGCCGUGGUCGUCAUCAAACAUACCACCUGAAAUUGUACGAUGCUUUGUAUCCCUAGCUGCGAAGGUUGAGGAUUGGACAUUGGGCGGUCUCGACGUCGAGGCGGCCUUUCUCAACGCGGAGAUUUCCGGGGACCCUGUGGUAAUUACUCCGCCGAAGAUAAUGAGAGACCUAGGAAUCAUUGCAGAAAACACUGUGUGGGUGGCGGAACGCAACAUCUACGGACUACGACGUGGACCGACAGAAUGGGAGCGAGAACGUGACCACAAGCUCAAUCAUGCGGAACUGCCUCCUGGUGAUGAGGACAAACUGGGAGCACUGCAUUUGGUCCCGUUGAAUCUGGCAGCAGGUUUGUGGAAGAUCGUUGACGGCGCGGGCGUGACCAGAGGGGCAUGCUGUGCGUACGUUGACGAUGGACUCAUUGUGGGCGGCAUUGAAGUGAUUAGACGGGUUACGGCCUUCAUCCAGAGUUUGUGGGCUAUCAAGGGGCAGGGCAUUCUUGAGAAACCGGGUGUAGGCCUGAACAAGGACCUGGUUGUGAGUGAAACCCUAACCUUGAAACUUGUUCGGUGCAUGCGAUUCCUUGGUGCAGAGAUCUCUGUGGCGAGCGAUGGAUUGCGUAUUGGACAAGCGAAGUACAUAGCUCAAGAACUUCGUGCUCGAGGGUGGCUCGCACUCAAGGGCGCAGAAUCUUUGCCGGUGCCUUCGGAGGGUCUUCAGGGGUCUGAACUUCGUGACAAUGCAUUCAACAGCAACAUGAGACUGGCUCAGAAAGAGGCUGGUACCUUAAUGUGGAUUGCACUCCGGUCUCGACCGGACAUUGCUGCUUGUUUAGGCGUUGCUUCAACUCUGAUCACAUCGAGGCCUUCCGAAAGUCUUCGUUUGUGCAAGGGGAUUUGGCGAUACCUGAGAAGUACAUGGGAGAAGACUUUGCACUACCGCUACGGUGGUGGUCCUGUGAAUCCUGGGGGCGGUGAUGAUACAGCAGAUGCGGAGUGGACUUUUCGCAUUGUCUCAGAUGCAUCCUUGGCGCCGGGUGGCGCGCGAUCCAGAAGCGGGGUAGCCCUGUUCCUAGGUGACCAUCUUGUCUAUUGGAAGUCACAGCGGCAGUCUAUUGUGGCAUGGUCAGCGACUGAGUCCGAGAUCGAGGCGACCGCAGUGGCGAUCCAAGAGGGUAUCAAGAUACACGCAGUGCUUGAGGAGCUGUUUGCAUGCAAGAUUCACCUUGUGGCCAAUGGCGACAAUGCGGGAGCUAUUCAUUUGAUCACUCGGGAGCGGUUUCAUGAACAGACUAUGCGAACCAGGCAUUUCGCGAUCCGUUGUGCAUAUAUCAGAGACUUGGUGUGGUUGCACAACAUUGAGGUCCAACAUCGUGGGACGAAUGAGCUCGAAGCCGAUGGACUGACUAAGGUCCUGGGGAAAGCGAAAUUGGCUACAGCACGCACGCAGCUGCGGAUUACGUGA